AUGCGAAAUUGUCCUUAUUGCGGGAAGAGGCAUUCGAACGCUAGUCGACUCCGAAAGCAUCUGCGUCAGCGCAAAUAUCGUGAGAGGAAUAUUUUCAUCGCAGCAGAGCGCCCUGGAGCUGUCGGCGUCGGGAAGCCAGACUAUAUCGGCAAUGAUUCGAAGAAUUACAGUCCGAUCUCGUCGACAGAGACCCUCCAGGCUGUAUCCCAGGAAGACCUGAGUUCUAUCUUGCGUGGUAUUCAAGCCGACUUCGGCCCUGAAUUUGGAGUUCUCACGAAAUCCCACCUUUCACACUGGAACCGCAUGUCAGAGCACAAGCAAGAUCUCUGGUACAAAGCCACCUCUUCGAUACCUUAUCUGCUUAAUGGCUCUCACUGCUGGCGAGGUCGGGCUCCUCUUGCCCGCGAGCUAUUUAUGGAUACUAUACGGGAAAUAUCGACCGAAAAUUCGAUGACUCAGAAGACCUCGGAGACCCAAUUUCGGGUCAACUUCCAAGGUGAAGUAGAUGAAGCAUUUGACCCUUAUCUUGUUCUCUCACAGCUUAUAGACCCUGACCCAAAUAAAACUGCAUUUCUCACUGGUUUACGGCUGCCAUCGGUAGACAAUUUCGGCUUUCGUUUACCCUGCGAUGUCUCUACCGUUGUAGAGCCGUUUGAUGAGACGAACAACCAGGUCAAUCUGACCCCCAAAUACUCCUUUGUGGACCUGCAUACUGGUAGUGCGGAUGGGUUAUCAACUGUGAUUGGUGAUUGCCGGAAGAUUUGGCUACUUUAUCCACCCACGGAUAAGAAUUUGAAAGCUAUGCAGUCCGUUGACGGCCAGCGUGCAAAGUUACUUCGCUUGGCGCAUCAGCUGGAAGGGGGUGUUCUUAUAAAGACGACAUCAUCGCAUGCGAUAUUCAUCCCUGUAGGUUGUGCUUAUGCCACAUUCACUCUGCAGGGUGGCUAUUUGGUUAUCAAGGAUUUUACGACUGCAAAGUCCUUGAAUGCGAUUGCAAGCUUCAUCUUCUAUAGACUCGAUGAAGCUUUGCCCAUAGAGGCUCGAGAGGUUUGCUUUGAUUGGUUUGAACGCUGUUUAGAUGUCACCUUUGCCUAA